UCUUCCAGUGAGCGACUGGACACUCUGCAAGUUGGAGACAAUAGUUUCAACUUUCAGACCAAAUUCUCGGACUUUCCUUUGAAGGACUCAAACGAUACUGCAGUGAAUGCUGGUGGGAAUGCUGCUGGUGGUUAAGUACUGGAGCUGCUGUUGAUGGCAGAAAUAAAAUAACUUUAAGAAGACAAAACGAAAGUGAAAGUGUCUGAGUUUAGAGAGGACGUAAACAUGGCUACUGAACUAGAUAAAGGUCUGUUCUGUACUCUGUGUGAAAACAUUUUUAAAGAUCUGGUAACUCUGAUCGAAUGUCUGAAGAAACACUGGAUGGAAAAAGAAACGCAUGAGUGUCCACUCUGUAAGAGAAGAUCCUCAAAGGACCAACCUUAUCACUUCGCACUUAAAAGCCCAUGCGAGGCCUUUUUAAAGGAGGGAUCCUCAGAGUCUGAUCCAGUCUGCAGUGUGCACUCUGAGAAACUCAGCUUCUUCUGUCUGGACGACCAGCAGCUGGUGUGCAGCGUCUGCAAAGAUUCAGAAACCCACAGCAACCACAGAUUCAAAGCUACUGAAGAAGCAGCUGAGGAACGCAAGAAACAACUUGAGGAUUCCUUAAAGCUUUUUAAAACUAAACGAAAGCUCAUUCAUCAAGUGAAGGGAGACUGUGAUCAGACAGCAGAGCACAUUAAAGUUCAGGCAGAAAACACAGUGUGGAAGAUCAGGGAGGAGUUCAGGAAGCUUCAUCAGUUUCUAGAUGAGGAAGAGGAGGCCAGGAUGGCUGCACCGAAGGAGGAGGAGGAGCAGAAGAGUCUGAUGAUGAAGGAGAAGAUUAAGUCUCUGAGCAAAGAGGUUGAAGCUCUUUCAAUCACAAUCAAAGCCACAGAGAAGGAGCUGAGAGCUGGAGACGUCUCGUUUCUGCAGAACUUCAAGGCUGCAGAGGAAAGAGUCCAGCACCAACUUCUGCCUGAAGAUCCAGAGCUGCCCUCAGGUUCACUGAUAGACGUGGCCAAACAUCUGGGCAACCUGAGCUUCAACAUCUGGACCAAGAUGAAGGAGAUUGUGUCUUACAGUCCUGUGAUUCUGGAUCCAAACUCUGCUCAUCCACAAGUCGUCCUGUCUGAUGAUCUGACCAGUCUGAGGAAGGUAGAGAUGAAGCAGGAUCUUCCUGACAACCCAGAGAGAAUCGAUCACUUCUUCUCAGCCGUUGGUUCUGAGGGUUUUGAUUCAGGCUGCCACAGCUGGGAGGUGGAGGUUGGAGACAACAAGGCCUACGUCCUGGGUGUGGUAACUGAGUUAAAUCCCAGGAAAGGAGUCUCACGGUCUGGUCUGUGGAGGCUGAUGUUCAGCAAUGGUGAAUACAAAACCCUUUCACCAUCUGAUGAAGGAUCUGAUGUGAUGUUGGCAACGAACCCAAAGAAGAUCAGGGUGAAGCUGGACUGGGACGGAGGACGACUGAUGUUCUCUGAUUCUGACACAGACGAACACAUCCACACCAUCACACACACCUUCACCGACAAACUGUUUCCAUACAUCAGCACCUGGAGUGACGUCCCAAUAAAGAUCGUCCCACUGCAGGUCUCUGUAACAGUGGAGACACAUGAUUAGACGAUGAACUGAUGGACAAAGAGAUGCUCAGUGGAGACUCUGAACAUUUUAUGUUUUAAGAUCAAAGGGUUUAACUUUUACUGUUGAAUGUGAGUUAGCUGCUAAAUGUUGUGCUUUAAAAAUGUUAACGAUGAAAUUACUGAGCUUAAACAGGAAGGUUGUGACCUGUGAAACUAAAACAAUAAGAUGACAUUAAUGUGAUAUAUUAAAGUUAAGCUUUAGCUGCCAUACACUAUAAAACAUAUGCAAGCUUAGUUAAAUCAACUGACAACAUUUAGGUUUUUUCAUGUUUCUUUAACUUUAAAAUCUUUUUUAUUACUUCAUGUGUGUUGAUGUUGAAAACCAAAAAUUGAAUUAAGCAUCUGCAAAUUCUACAGUGCAAGUAUUGUUUACUUUAAAAAUGUGUAUUAACUUCAUACUGUACAUGUUAUAUGUUAGACUUAAUGAUUAAGACUUGAUGUUUUUUUUCUCAGGGCAUUGAUCAAGUUGGUUUACAUUUUAACAGGUUUUUGUGUCAGAGUAUUUGUAAAACGAAUAUAAUUCUGAUUUGUGUUAUUGUCACGGUGGGAAUUUGAAUAAAUUUAUUUACCUUUUUUAUAGAGAUUAAAUAAUAUGAACCAAAUCAUGACAAAGGAAAUAAAAUUCUCAAAAAAAAAAUUAUAUGGAAGGAAAUCACAAUAUUAUUCUAUGAUUGUAAUGAAGUAAUCAGGGAUUUGUUCAUUCUUAAUGUUUUUUUUUUCAUGAUAUAUAUAUAUAUAUAUAACUACAUAAUGCAAAGGAAUGAAAACCCUAAACUCUGACUGACAUUCAUUGAUUCACUGAGAUUUGAUUAACAAUGUGACACAUUUGUAAUAGUGGGAAAGGUAGAGUUGGAUUUGUGUAAAAAUAUUUUGUUGCAAAACAUAAAAAUCACACUUCUCACGU